AUGCAAAAAUUUCCGGGAACGAGUGCUGUAGUGAUCGUCGGCGAUGAGAGUAUGUCGGAAAACGGCGAAGCGCAGGCGAUUACGUCGGGAAAGGGUGAAGAACUCUUGCGGAGGAAGGGAAUCGCCGGCGAAAUGGUGUCCUACAAGUGGCUGAGUCGGAAUUUCUUGGUGUCUUCAAAUGAUGCAAAGAGAUUGCUUCAUGAGUUUGUUGAGAAGCAUGGCAAUGGUCUAGAAGUAGUUUAUAGCUUGUCUGGAUGGUUGAAAAAUACCCCUUCAACCUACCAUAUAAGGAUUGUCUCAAGUCCUAAACUUGCAGAAGCCAAACAAGAGUUCAAAGAAAAUUGCUCAGUUCAGGUCUAUAGUGUGCAAGCUUGCAUCCCAAAGGAUCCAGCUGCCCUUUGGAAUUCUGAAUUUGUCCAAGCUGAAGAACUGUUUAAGCAGCCCCACUUAGCUGAUAAUUGUCUUUGGGAUAAUAGUAUAAACUUACAGAUUAUAUCUGCUUUCUUCCAUGCUCAUUGGCACUUUUGUGGAGUUUUGAAUUCCUCCAUCAAGUGGAAUGCUGAGAGAACAUCUAUCAGUGUUUCUGCCCCUCAAGUGAAAAAUGCAGGAGUCUUAGGGAUGAAUGAAAGUAAAGUUACAAGCCCAAGUGUGACUAUGCCACAACCUCAGGAGCAAAAGGGCCAGAAAUCAAGUCCUAAGGCUAAUACACAUUUUCUUGUUACAGUUAAUGACAUCAAGAAUGAAAGCUGUGAGAAAGGAGAACAGAACAGUAAACUUGCUAUAGAUAAUAAUGAGAAGUCCAUUCAAUCCCUGGCAAAUAAGAAAGUCAGCACGAAGAACACCUCCACUGGGAAUAGAGGGACAUUGGUUAAAAUGUGGGGUUCUGCAACUAUGAAGUCAAUACCUGACCAAUUUUUGGCAGAGGCUGACAAAUCGAUUCCAACUACAACAGCUAGUGCAGAAGCUCAAAUUCAUGCUCUUGAAGUGCUGGAAGAUGGAACCAGUGAUGAAGAUGAAGAUGAAGAUGUUAAGGUUAUGAGAAGAUCCAAUGGUGAAGGGAAUCGAAAAAGAAGGGUUGUCUUUUAUUUGUCUGAUGAAGAAGAGGAAUAUACAAAUGCAGUCAACCUAGCAUCACCUGAUCCUCCAAAAGUGAAAUCUUCUUUAGGAUUGAAAUCGAGUUCAAAUACUAUGGAAAAGGAUAAGAACAACUUAAAUUUUGAGGGAACUGAGAGUAAAACAAUGGUCAACAAAGGGAAUACAGCUGUGGAGAAAGGGGACAAAAUGACUGAUGUUGCUCCAAAAUCACCUAAAAGGAAAAAAGUUCUAAAGACGCACAUAAAUGACCAUGGAAGAGAAGUUUGA